CUUGAAGCAGCCUCAUUGUCCGAUUCCUCUUUGAGUGACAUGGUUCCAGGCCUUAUUAAUCUGCAAUUAGAUGCUAAGGCUCCGUCCACGGUGCUGAAGUACAAGUCUGGCUGGUUGAGGUGGCGCGAGUGGGCUCUGUCGAAGAUUGGUGUUCCCGUUAUUCCAGCAAAACCUUUGCAUAUCGCAUUGUUUAUCUCCGAGCUAGCUAAGCGUUCUUCCGAGAAUAACAUCGGUGUAUCUUCUAUAGAAUCUGCCGUUUAUGCUAUUAAGUGGGGCCACGCAAUGGCCGGUUUUGAGGCUUGUCCUGUUAGCCAUCCCUUAGUAAAGUUUGCGUUAGAAGGCGCCAAAAAGAAGGCUUGCCCGACCUGUUCAGCCUAAGGAGCCGCUGUCGGUUAGCACCGUACAGGCGAUUGCUACGCAUUUUGCCUCAAGCGCUUCACUUUCCGAUCUUCGUUUUUUAUUUAUUCUUUUAGUUGGUUUUGCAGGCUUUUUUCGCAUUGACGAGAUUAGGAAUAUAGCACUUCGUGAUGUCUCAAUACAUAGUGAUCAUAUGUCAGUUUAUUUACCUCAGCGCAAAAACGAUCAGUAUAGGGAAGGCCACACUGCUUUUCUCGCUAGAACCGGCAAGGUUAUUUUUGUCCUGUAGCCGUGACCGAGCGGUUGAUUAAGCUUUUGCCACAGUCUUCCUCUGCGUUGCCUUUAGUUCGCAGAAUUGUCAAAGCCAAGUCUAAGGAGUAUUUUCAUUGUAGUUUGGGUGUUUCUGUUUCCACUUUAAGGGAGGAAUUUAAGAAGCAUAUCAGACCAUUUGUUAGUGAUAUUUCUAAGUACGGCACACAUAGUAUGAAGUCUGGCGCGGCUUCAAAUCCGGCUUGUAGGAAAAUAGCUGGCGACUUGUUAGAUAUUCAUGCUGGUUGGAGGUGUGAAUCCACUAAGCACAGAUAUAUUAAGCAUGAUCUUAGCGAGCGUUUAGCCGUAUCUAAGGAACUUUCCAUUUAGUUGUCUAUGAUAUUCGUAUAUAUAUUUUAUCUUUAUAUAUUUUUCAGUAUUCGUUGGCGAUUGUUUAAUCGGAAUUAGAUUUUCGCUUUUGCUGGCUUUGUAAUUUUGAGCAAUUUAUUUAAUAUAUAGAGUCCUGGCGGGGGACGUAAGAUGUGCCUGGCCCGUCCCAGAUUUCCUGCCCUUUUUUCCCUACGGGGUUUUUUGGGGCAGGUUUUUUCUGGCCACCCUGGUACGCUUACAUGUAGCUUUAGUUUAAUUACCUUUGCUGUAGCUAUGUUCAUUUUUUGACUAUCAUUAAAGUGGGUUAUGGCGUUACUCCCAGGCCAUAUCCAAUAUUCUCCAGUAUUUGUUUGGCUAUUUUCGUUUCUUGUUUUUCUAUUAACUUCUGGUAAGUGCAGAAGUCUUAUUUCAUUUACUGAUUAUUUUUGUCAUGCAGUUAUUAUUCUAAGUUUGCCUGAGCUUGUUGGCUCAAUUUGACUUACAAGCGUAAUCCUUUAAUCAAGAAACCUGAAAAUUUCUCGGGGGACUUAAGGGAGAGGGCUGUUGGGGCAGCGGGAGAAUGAUUUGGAAUAGACUGUUCACAGUCCCCUAUUUCUUCUUGAGAUCGUUUAGAUAUACCGCGUCUUACCGUCACAGCUAUCUGGUUUUUUAAAUGUACCGAGGGGGCGGGCGUCCGUAAAGCAGAGCGCUCGAUGUAGAAGAUCUUACGGAAAAAUAGAGGACAGUCUAGAUUUGGAAAAAUUGUUCGUAUCUUUGGAAAAAUCCUGACUGCACCCCUUCUGCAACUUCAGCGUCUAUAUCGUGACUCAGUUUGAAAGAAAGGAAAAAUAUAUGCCAAGCAUAAAAUUGAACUACGGCAUGCAUUACACUAAAGUUCUCGCCGCGGUACUUCCUUCUCAAAAGGAGUGUGAGGAUGAACACGGUAAAGAAAAAGAACGGUUUCAGCCCAUAGUGAAGUAACUUAAAGUAGUAAGGGUGAUAUUAGCAACUCUUUUAUAGAGCUUGUAUAUGUCUCUGUGAAGAUAUUUUUGUAUUUCUGUAAGUAGGUUAGUCUGCAAUAUCCAAAUUGUGAUUACUGGUUGAUCCAGCGCCAAAUUACUUCUUUUUGACUUGAUUAUUUUUAAAGGUUUAUUUCCUUGACAAAAACAAGGCGACUGGUGAAGAAACACAGAGAAGUUUUAACAAUCAACACGGAGAAGGACAAGCUAAGUUUAUUUGCUGUGAUGUAACAUCAAAGGAUCAACUAGAAGGUUAUUGUUACACAUAUAUUUGGGUUGUGAAUGAUGAGAGCUUUGUUGAGUACACUGAUUAAGUUUCAUAACGAGGAUCUACUGAAUAAUUAUGACUAAAUGGCCGAAACCUCUUUAAUACGGACACCAAAGGGACAGAACCAAGUGUCUGCUUUACAGAGGUGUCCGUAUAUAGAGGUAGGGAAUGUAUGAUUUUUGGCAUUUCUGGGACCAAACAAACUGUCGGUAAUAGAGAGGUGUCUGUAUUAUACAGGUGUCCGUAAGGAGAGGUUAGACGCGCGAGUAACUGACUUACUGACUUAAUAACUAACUGACUGAUUCAUUGUCUUGCGUACUAGUUUGAUAGUUAGUUUGCACUGAACUGAUUGGCUGAAUAACAAAAUGAGUCGCUGUCAGGCUAGCUAGCUGAGGGAGCCAGACUAACUGAAUGGCUUGCUAGCUGGCUAACUAGUUAACAGGGGGAAUCCAUGGCUGACUAUUGACUGAUUGAACAGUUGAUUGGCUGUUAAGAAUAGGCUAAGAAUUUUCUAAAGUGAGUUAAUGUGACCGUUGAUAAUGACACAACCUUUCACCGUUUUUAGUUGCGUUUAAAGCCACGGUCAACGAAUGUGGGCGACUAGACAUUGUAGUAAACAAUGCAGCGAUAAUGGACGAGAAAGACUGGGAGAAGACUCUAAACGUUAACCUGGUAAGUUAACCAAUAUGCGGCCUAUUUCUCGAAAGGCCCGGUAACUUUUCGGGUCCGAACGCAAAUUUUGAAAUCAAAACCAGUCGCAUAGUAGGACAUUUCCUAGCUCACGAACCGGUCAUUCUUACUUCGUGAACUUUUGAAUUCCAUUGUAUCAUUUUCAAAUUAUUGAAUCUUUGUUCAAACACGCAAACAUAAAGCAGCUUUUCGGGCCCGAAAAGUUAUCGGGACCUUCGAGAAACGGGCCCCAGAACUCGAAAUAAAUACUUAGUGGAACGAGCUAUUAACAGGCCAUUUGCACGAUGACGUCAAAUUGCUAACUCGGAUUGCUACUCGAUUGGGGAUCUGUCAGGGCAGGUGUGCCGCAGGGGACCAAAUUGGGGCCCUGGCUCUUCCUGGUAAUGAUAAAUGACAUCAAUGUCAAUGGCGUCAACCUUUGGAAGUACGUCGAUGACACAUCGAUGGCCGAGACAGUCCACGAGGGCCAACCAAGUGGAAUCCAAUUUGCUGUAAACGACCUAGUUAGGCAAGCCGAAAUAGAUAAGUUCCAGUUGAAUGAGACCAAGUGUAAAGAGUUGCAGAUAAGUUUCUCAAGGUCUGUAGAUCCUUUCGAAGCAGUUACUAUUAACAACAAACCAAUUGAGGUUGUAACUAGCGCAAAACUUCUUGGCCUCACAAUUUCAAACAAUUUAAAGUGGAACGCUCACAUAGAGAAUGUUAUCAAAAAAGGAGCCUCUAGGCUAUAUCUAUUAAGGCAGCUUAAGCGUGCAAAAGGAGAUCCUGCGCAGCUACUUUGUUUCUAUACUACGUGUAUCCGGCCCAUGUCUGAAUAUGCCUGCCAAGUUUUCCACAAUGGUCUGCCUGAGUAUCUCUCUGAAGAGCUAGAGAAAAUUUAGCGCCGUGCACUUAGAAUUAUUUUCCCAGAUUUAGGCUAUCAAGAGGCUCUCAAAGAGUGCAAUAUUGCCACCCACCAUCAACGGCGCCAAUGGCUGACAGAGCGCCUAUUCAAUGAGAUUAAGGACAACAGCCUCCACAAAGUACAUGGCCUUUUGCCGCCACGUAAUCUUAGUACUUUAGCCUUAAGGAGAAAGCGCGCUUUUAACGUGCCUCUUUGUAGAACAAAUAGACUACUGAAUAGUUUUAUCUUGCAUAACGCGGCUAUUUUCUAAUGGUUUUAUUGUAAAUUUGCGGCUAUUUUCUUAAAUUUCAUGACGUAGUAUCUUUGUUCUUUUGUUUUACUUAUUUACUGUUAUUUAUUUAUAAUAGUUAGUCUUAGUAUUCAACGUAUUGUACAGUCCGUAAUCCAGCCCUUGGGCUGCAAUGGAUUUUUAAUAAAGCUAUCUAUCUAUCUAUCUAUCUAUCUAUCUAUCUAUCUAUCUAUCUAUCUAUCUAUCUAUCUAUCUAUCUAUCUAUCUAUCUAUCUAUCUAUCUAUCUACUAAGACCACAAUCCUUCAGGUUUUUGUUUCCUUGUGCAAAUUAAGUCUUUUGUUAAUAUUUAAUCCUCUCUGGAACUAACAAAUUGAAAUAUGAAAGUAAUGCUGACGAAAAGGAUUCUGGUCGUAGUAGUAAAAUGACUCUAUCUUGCAAUUGGUCCAUUGAGCAAGUUACCAUAUGUUUUAAAUGAGGGUAAUUAUUACAUAUUAUUUUUUCCUUAGAAUGCGGUGAUACGAGGUACAUUUCUUGGUAUAGAGCUCAUGAAGAAUGGGGUAAUCAUUAACCUUUCUUCUACAGGAGGUAAGCUUAUGAAAUAAAUAAAAAUAGAUGAAAUUAAUUAUAAAAGAGAGAUAAAUAAAUAAAAGACAUACGGUAGAGGAAUAAGUAAAACAGGGAGUUCAGUGAGCAUAAUAAUAAUAAUAAUAAUAAAAAUAAGAAGAAGAAGAAGAAAAAGAAGAAAUAUUAUAAUAAGGGAAUUUGAAAGUGUUGGGUUUUGAGAGGGGAUGCAAAGUGCCUAUGUCCGCAAGCAAAGGGCGAGAACCAAGGGUUUAAACAAAAGGAUUAUAACCAGCUUAACAAUCGUUUACGUCCUCUAAUUCUCUCCCUUACUUUCUCCCCAUUAUUUGUCUCUCAAUCCAGAGUUCUAGUCCGCGAUCAGGUUCUUUUAUUUAUUCUUUUGAUUUAUAGAGCUUUUAGGAAGGCAUGAUCACAGGCUACGGACUCUUGCGGUUAUCCUCACUAAAGAACUGCUUAACGCAAAGAAUUUCUGUCUGAAAUGUAGUCAUAAAUAAAAAUGCGACAUCACAAAUCGCGACGAUAGCGCUUCUCUCUAUGGUACCACACAUACUGAUGAUUUUUUCUUGUUGUCGUUUUACAGGGAUUCACCCGGUCUCUUUUUGCCCAGUUUAUUGUGCUUCAAAGUUUGGUGUGAUAGGUUUUACAAGGAGUAUUGCUCCAGUACGUAUACUCUUCUUCCAGAGCAGCAAUUGUUUUCACGAAUACAGUGAUUGUGUGAGCUCGUUCGAGUUAGAUAAUUAAAGAUGCAAUUUUUGGUUGCCUUAUCGGAGGGUCUCAAUGGUUAACAAACGGCCUAUAAUCAGACCAGAACGCCCUUUUUGUGCCUGUAAGAGAGUGUUCAGUGAUAAAUUUUCUCCCGAACGAGGCUAAAUAUUGAUUAUCAAGGGGGGGAAACUUUACUUGAACUUGAUAACUCACUACGUUCGGUUAAUUCGUCUCAUGAAACGUUCGAUGUUUGGCCUAGGCAUAACUUAAACAAGGGAAUAUUUAUAAGGAUAAGCAUUAAGCUGGUGACUGAUCUAUGAAAACAGACCGCAUUUGUUCAAUGAACAAGAUGGUCCUGGCCUCGAGGUUCUGCACGUCUCAUAGUUUGGAUAUACAUUAAGUUCUUUGUUUCGUCCAUUUUCCUAAGUUCUUAAGCUUGUUCUGGCAUUCGGUAUGUUCCUGGAGUUCAUGAUCGUCCGGGUGAGCGUAGUCACGGUCCUGAAUACGACUGUGGUUGACAGUGACUGACAUUUCGACAACCCGUGCGGUAGUAGAAUUUUCGGUUGUCCACUCCUUCAGGACUACGCUCGAACGAUCACGCGGCUCCACCUAGUUACGAAACGACUCCUGAGUUCAAACUUUUCCCAAUCAUAACUUUUCUGCCUACAGUCAGCGUUCAAGAAAAAAGGCAUUAGAGUAAACUGUGUGUGUCCAGGAAGUACGGACACUGAUAUCUACAAGGCCAUGGAGAAAUUGGAGCUGACAAAGGAACAACAAGAACUCGCAACCAACACGCCUAAACAAAGGUUAGGCGGCUUCUGCACUGGCCAUUUUUCAUUUAUUUAGUACGCUCAGGCUACUAACACAAAUAAUAUGACUGUGAUGAUCAACGCAGGGUUCUGUGGAGGGUAAAAACCAAAACCCAAACUAACCUUUUUUUAUAUAGAGUAUCACAUAACAGAUUCAAGAGAAUGCGAAAUGCACCCAUACCACAGGUGCUGUCUAAAGAGCGACUUCACAUGCAUGUGAUGCUUACUGAGUCAGUUAGAUGCGAUUAAUAUAUAGAUUUAGCCACAGCUAAAAGCGAAGCUCCCAUUGAUAAAUUUAUAACUUAAAUCAAACAACAAUUUUGUAUUCCACAAAUCAGUUAACUUAAGGGCACAUUCAUGUGACUUUUGAGGGAAAAGCUAAGUGAUUUUGGAGUGAAACAAAUCUUGUAUCGAGUUGAUAUAGCCUUAUAUGUACACCCAAAAAAUAGUCUUCGGUCACAUUUAAGAGCAAUAAUGGCUCUUGAUCACAGUAGAUAAGGCGUGGAAAACAAAUUCUUGGAAAACAAAUCAGGUCGAAUUUUUUGCGUUCGACAAGUUUACAAAUUCUUGCCAAUAAAUCUGGGUGCGUGCAAACCAAUCUUUUAUUUAUUUAUUUUUUUUAUACACCACAUCUGAGGAGAAAGAGUAUUUCACAAUUUUUCAAGACAAAUUGAAUUCAUUCAAUAUUCAGGACCAUCGAAGCAAGCGUGGACUUUUAAUUAGCGAAACCGUUCAAAAAAUUUCCAAAAUCAUCUAUACGGCCAGUCGGUUCUAACUUUUGACAAGCGCCAAAUUUGCGAAGAAAUUUUAAAAGAGUUACGCUUCAACGUGAUAAAGAAUUUAUUGAGUCUAUUUUUUAUUAAUGGUUUUAUAACGAUGUGUAAUCUUAAAAAGCGUUUGAUACGCUCGGCAUUUUGAGUACUCCUGCAAGCGAUGUUUUUGAACGGCUGAAAACAAACGGAAAAGCGAUGAAAAUUACACUUUUGAGACUACCAACAAUCAAUAAAGAAAUACAAUUCGGUAGAACAUUUACAGAGACAACAAUUUUCAUUCAUGAAAACAAAUGAGUAUUUAAGUGUCUCUAAGAAUCCUCAGGUCUUUACUAAGAUUAAAGAUGAAGUUUAUGUUUUAAGCCGCCGGUUUCCCGGUGUUUGCUGUUUUCAAAGAUGAACUCAUGACAAGAAAGUCGCUCCAAGCUUUCUUUCUACAGCCAAAAUUAUAACUAAGUAUUCUUCGGAAAGUCUUUUCUUUCUAUUUACGGUGAAUCAAUAUCGACUAAAGGCUUUUUAAAGUUCUGUAAGCUUAAGCUUAUAUCAAACCUCAUACUAGGUCAGAUCAGUGUCUCAGUCAAAUCUUAAUACAAACGAGCAUAAACUAGCUUCAUAAACUGCGCCGCUGGACUUCAUGAAAUUAUAUUUAAAUACAAUAAUUACUCAGGCUUACCAUAAUUCGAGAUGCAGCUCCUGAAAGCUAUCAAGUAAGUCAAGGAUCGCUUGUGCCUUUAUAAUUCUCGUACGCAUCCAGCAAGGUGAAAAACAAAAACGAUGCCAUUCGAAAUCGGAUUAGCGGCUUUGACAAGCGACGCAUUUCUCGACCAAAAACCCAACAAACAAACCAGCCAUGAAUAAGAGAACACUCUUGAUAGCAGCUGUAUUUCAUUUUGUACAUCCAGUGGAAAAAGACAGUUAAAAACAUCACAAGUUGACUCAAACUCUGUCAGCUUCAGCUGUCAAAGUAAACAACUUUCAAGAUGCUGCAUAAAUUUUAUGCAUGAACUCAAAUUUCAAAUUUUAACCAAUCAGAGCAUAAAAAUUGGACGUGGAGCGUGAUCAACACGUGACCAUGGUAAGAAAAGGUCUUCCCCGCCUGUAUUUUAAAAAAACUGGCUGAAUUUUUGCGUCUGAGGUCAGUUUGAAAUCAAAAUCUUAAUAGUGCGGGACGAUACUGACAUAAACACAACAUAUUUGAUGUGAAUUUUAAAAAAAGUAAACGUGAGCCUCCGAUCAUUUGAAAACGAGUAAAUUGUCAGCGGAUAACUUCAAAAAAACACUCCACCUUGAUGGGUCGACACCUGAGCCCGCGAUACGGUCAGGUGAUACUGGUCAGCGGAUACCCUGUUUUGACAGCUGUCAAUUGAUGACAACAUUGAUGUGCAGUCAGCUUUCUCCUGGGCUCCCAACCUAGCUAGAAAGUGUGAGAGUAAACAUUGGUAUGCCUGUGGUGCGGACGGACGGUCGGUCGGUCGCUCGGUCGGUCGGUCGGUCACGUGAUUACCAAAUUUUCUGGGAUGGGUAGAUUUAUUUACCCAUGGUGCUCCGCAGGCGCGCUUCGCGCGCGGAGCUCCGCUAUAAGCAUGGUACUGAGAAAAAUUCUCGCUAUCACGCCAAAGCCGAAUUGAAUACAUUCGUGAUCAAAUCCUGUUAAAAAGGACACUGAGGGGGCCGUAGAAAGCGUCCGUAUUAGGCGGGUUGAAUUAAGCGAAAAUGUAGGGGCUUUUUUCCCCAGGGACAAAUAACUGAACUGUCCGUAUUAAGCGGGGUUUGACUGUAAUUGUUUUAUUGUGCAUGCAUGACACACGGGACCUUACGUUAACCACGAAGCAAACAGGAAACUAACACUUAUAUUGGGACAUCAAAUUGCUCACGGUAUUUUAAAACAUUCAAGCUUCCGAUAACUUUUCGCCGCGCACUCUUGAAGAGUUUCUAAACCAACACUAUUGCAGUCAUUUGCUUUCAGAAACCUAGACGUGAAAGCACUAUGCGUCAAGUACGUCUUGAGAGGUGUUUUAAAUGGCGAUGUUUUUCUUCGCCUGUUGGCAACUUGAUCAUGAUCAGUGGCAUCAUACAUGUAUAAAAACUGUUAUCAGUAAAAUGACGUCACUUUCAAUGUAGAAAACUAUCGUUCAUAACAAUGAGGUCACUUCUACAUUUAUCAGAGCUAUGCCUGUAGACUUGACGUAACUACGUGCCAUUGAGAAUUAGUAGUGCUUCUGUAACCAAUCACAACUGCGAUAGCGACAGAUUUGUAUAAUAAUAUUUUUUGAACUAUAUAUGUCGGUCUAGAAAGACGUCAUACAUAUUAAAGGUUUUGUUACCCGUUCUGAGCCCACUUGCUUGUUUGCUUUAGACCGGAAGCCGUUGCUCAGUGCAUCGUGGAUUUAAUCAAAGACGAAACAGACGUGGGACAGGUGGUAAGAGUGACGCAUGACGAAGGUGUUGAAUUCCUCAACUACAAUGACGUGAGUGUUAACUUUAUUCUU